UCAUUAUGGAAAGAAUGGUGAAUCCACAUCAUUGGGUAGAAUGGAUCUUUGGAGUUACAAAAAAUGGAAAACAGCUGAAAAGUGACUUACAGCUCUUGCACGGUUUUACAAGAAAAGUUAUUCAAGAAAAGAAAAAGAAACUUUUAUGUGGAGGCGCUGAUACUGGGAAACGGAAAAGGAAAGCAUUAAUGGAUUUAUUACUAGAACAUCACUUGGAAACAAAGGAUCUCAGUGAGGAAGAUAUCAGAGAAGAGGUCGACACAUUCACUUUUGAGGGUCACGAUACUACUUCUAUGGGAAUAAGUUGGGCUUUGUAUCUAAUAGGACUUCACAAAGACGUCCAAUCAAAACUUCACGAAGAAACGGACAGGAUAUUUGGAAAUGACACUGAAAGGCCCGUAACUGUUGACGACCUUAAUGGCAUGAAUUACCUCGAGUGUGUUCUAAAGGAAUCCCAGAGGCUGUAUCCUUCUAUACCUAUGAUAGGAAGGGAAGUUGAUGAGGAUACCAGCAUUUGUGGUUACACAAUACCUAAAGGAACUUCAUGUAUAGUAUUAACUUACCAACUUCAUCGUGACAAAGAUGUUUUCCCAGAUUCCGAAAAGUUUGAUCCCGAUCGUUUCCUACCAGAAAAUUCUCUUAAUCGUCAUCCUUUUGCCUAUAUCCCAUUUUCUGCUGGUCCAAGAAACUGCAUAGGUCAGAGAUUUGCUGUCAUGGAGCAGAAGACCAUAAUCUCUCAUAUUUUAAGAAACUAUACGCUGGAGUCACUGGAUCCAAGGGAUACCAUUCCACCAGCAACAGAGCUUAUUUUACGGUCAUCAAAAUCGAUCAGAGUUAAAUUUAGGUCCAGAUAUCCGAACGAAAUCUCAGUCAAUGAGAAAAAUACAUUACUGGCAAGAGUUUAAAAUAUAUUUCAUUCGUCAUUUCAAACGAAAUUUACAUAAGUUUCUUAUAUGCAUACACAUCUUUAAUCAACUAACUAAACAAACAGCAAUAACAAAAUUUAUUUCUAAAAGAAAAUUUUUGUUUAAAAACUUAAGAAGACAAUGCAGCUAUGUUCAGAGUACCGUCAGUUCGUAACAUUGAUAACAUUUAUUUCAUCCUAGUAUGAAAAAGUGAACAUGGUUAUUAAAAAUGAAUGUUUGUAAUUGUUAAAAAAAGGCAUAUUUAAAUUUCAUUUUGUUUCUUUUUUUACAUCAAUCCUGACAAUUAAUUAAUAUUAG